CUGACGUAUAGAACAAAAGACACAGCUUCUUUUAUUAGAUCGUUGUCCCUCUGUGAUUCAGCUACCUCAUGACACUGAACAAUAUCGAGGUACAUCACUAGUCAAAUCUUCCAGAAAUAUCCGUGUCAAGUAGACUGUUUUCAAUUGGACAAUAUUGAGAAAAUUGACCGCGAACGACUUAAACUAAAAUGAAUCAAAAUAAUGGACAAAGGCGUUGGAAAAGACAUAAUCGAUCUAGACGUGAAGUUGAUUUACCGAUGCCGAGGAAUUUUUCUCAACCGUACGACCCUCAACUCUUUCCAAUUUCUAGUGAAUACGAUCCAUCGGAAUCAGUCUACUUUACGGAGGAUAAUUUAGCUGUGAACACUUUGUAUGUUAGUUUCAAUAAGUUUCCUGGCGUGAUCACAGAGGGAAGCAUGCGAAACGUAUUCGGGCACUUUGGACCUAUCAAAAGGAUUCAAGUUGGCACAAGACAGAUGUUCUUCGACUGGUCAAUGAUGAAACAUAUCUACAGUUUUGCAUUCAUAUCGUACGAAACAUGCGAGGAUGCUGCUAGAUGUCUACAGCAGAGAAAUAGAAUGGAUCAAUAUUGCUACACGACAAAGGCGGAUAGCUGGCAUCAAGAUUCUUAUGACGAUAAUUAUAACACUUUUAACUACAAUUACUCUGACAAAGACCCGCAUGUAAGCAAUAUUCAGCAGCUCAAUGACGACUGUCUCACGAUGAUAUUCAAGCUAGUCAAUUUGGUGGAUCUCGUUGCGCUGAAACGAACCAGCACUCGGUUUCACGGCAUCGUAGAUAAUCUUUUCAAACGCCGCAAAGAGUGCGAUUUUAAUAAGGAAGCCUGUGAUAAUAGUACAACGCUUACCCUGUUGCAAACAAGGGAUAUUUUUAUUGAAUUGGGACCUCACGUGAGACAAUUGUACAUCUCACUCAACAGUUUCACCCAUCCUAGAGCGAGAAUUUUAAAACUAAUAUCUAGCUACUGUAAGAAACUGAAAAUACUAGCUUUAAAUGAGGAUCCCUACUCCGAUAGAGUUUUAAAACCAACAUUCCGGAGCAUUCUAGCAGCGAGAGGAGUAACGAUAACAGGUUGUGAACAUUAAUGUUAUGUUUGUAGAAUUAGGUUUAUAGUGGGUCAAAAUAAAGACGAUCGCUGUGAUGGCUGUGAAAAUCAUAGAAAACCCGUUUCAGAGAUUGCAGGAAAUGCAGCAUUGCAUAACUGGCUUUUGAAAAGAAAGCAAAGAACGUCUGCUGGUGAUAAAACACGGCGUAGGAGGAGUUUGACAAACUACUUGGUAAUCUUCUAGUCUAGCAUGACCCAGAGGUUGUGCCAAACUAGAAAACACGUCACGUUACAAAUUCGAUUAAUUA